AAUCUGGACGAUCGGGAAGUCCGAGACACAAUGAUCCUGCCAAGAAUCCACCAGUGUACCUUGAAGAUAGUUUUUUAAAAUCUGGAGUGUUCAAUGUGUUGCAACUUGUGAGGGCAUCCAGAACAACUAUAACCCAGGGAACUGGUAUGAACUUCCCAAUUGGAGAACUUCUGAGCCAACCAUAUUACCAUGACAUGAACUCAGGUGUAAACCUACAUAGGUCACUAUCCUCUCCACCAAGCAGCAAAUGUUUCAGAAGUAUUUCUAUAGAUGAGAAUAUGGAACCAAGCCCAACAGGAGACUUUUAUCCUUCACCAAAUUCACCAGCUCCUGGGAAUCGGACAUGGCAUGAAAGAGAUCAAGAUAUGCCUUCUCUUACAAUGAAGAAACCUGAAAAGCCUUUUAGUCCUACAUCUCCCCAGGAUUCUUCACCAAGACUGAACACUUUUCCCCAGCACCACCAUCCAGGAGUCCCAGGAGUUGCACACAGUGGUGAGGGCUAUGGAGAAGGAUGA